AUGAACUUACCCUCUGUCAAAACGUCGUUCGUUGAAGCAACAAAUCAAUUGAACAAUCCACCGUGUCGCAUAUUUUUCAAAAAUGAGUUGGAACAACCAUCAGGUAGUUUCAAGCUACGGGGUAUCGGAAACCUAGUGGCAACAAGAAUUCAAGAGGCUGAAGAACUCGGCAAAAAUAAAAUUAUUGUAUUUUCGUCAUCAGGUGGCAAUGCAGGGUUGGCAGCUGCGUAUGCAGCAAAAUAUUAUAAAGUAGAAUGCACAGUAGUGCUUCCCGAAGUCACAAAACCUGAAGUUGUUGACAAGUUGAAAGGUUUGGGGGCUAAUGCUAUUCUUCACGGUGCUCAUUGGGGAGAAGCCGACACGUACUUGCGAGAAGUUGUCAUUAAAAGAAUCAAAGACGAUGAAUAUGCGGUAUAUUGUCAUCCUUUCGAUGAUCCAGUGGUUUGGAAGGGCCACGCGCAAAUUGUGAACGAAAUUUUAGAGGAACAACAAUUACCCAAUUUCGAUAAAGUAAAAGGCAUAGUGUGUUCAGUUGGUGGUGGUGGUCUUUAUAACGGAAUUGUCGAAGGCGCUAGAUCAUACGGGAUCCCAGUACUAGCAAUGGAAACAGCACAAGCACCAACGUUUCAUGAGACGGUUGAAGCCGACAAAAUAACUCAUUUGAAAACAGUAAAGACAAUCGCUUCCUCAUUGGGUUCACCAUACCUUUCGGCAAAGUCAUUUGAAAACUACAAAUCACACCCAACACAUCUUGGACUUAUUGAUGAUUUGGAUGCGGUGCAAGGAUCGAUUGAUCUUUUCGAAAAGUUCAAUUACUUGGUAGAGCCUGCGUGUGGUGCCAGUGUGGCCACCGUUUUUAAAAAGCAAGCUUUGUUACAGAAAUUUGGUGACUUGAAACCGGAUGAUAUUAUUAUCAUCGUCGUUUGUGGUGGAGCAGGAGUAAAUGAAAAGAUCAUUGAGCGGUACAGAAAAUUGGUUUCUACUGGAGGAGAACCUUGA